CCUCGUUCUAUUGUCCCCUUUCUCUCUCUCUGUAUCUCUCUCUGUAUUUCUCUCUCUCUCUCUCCUUUUCUCCUUGCCUUGCUCUCUCUCUCUCUCUCUCUCUCUCUCUUUCUCUCUGACCUUCACAGGGAGUUGGCUGCCUGGUUGUGUCUCUGUUCAGUGUGCGUGUCUGAGAUGCUGGAGAGCUGCCCUGUGUUUCCCGGCCGAGAGGAGAUGAAGAGGGGUGGACCUGCUCCUCCCGCCCUCAGGAACUGACCACUGCCCCACUGGCUCAAACACUGACCGAUUAGUUUGAGAUGUCUUCCUCAGAGAAUGGACACAAAGGGGAUGUGUUUGAUCUGACAGAGGCGGUCCCCCAGACGCAGCGAUUGGACACCAGCCUGCAGAAGGCCAAAGCCCAGCUGUCAAUCAGGAGGCACCGCCCCUCUAGGUCGCGCCUCAGGGACAGCCUGAGCUCCAUUGAGGAUGAUAGCCUGGACAGGAAGUCCUCUCAGAGCUACAGCAGCCCCCUGCACAGCUCCUGCUCUCCGCUGCACUCCCUCCUGCAGCCUUCGUCCUCCGCCUCGCCCGACCUCCCAGCAAUCUCCCCUGCCCAGCGGGGACGCGCCUUCACCUUUGACCCCUGCCUGAUGGGCCCGGCCCUGGCGGAGGUGCGCAGGAGACACCGGCCCCUGCAGAGCGACUCUUCCCAGGAGGCCUUGCUGCUCAGUCCCGUGAGCAGUCCCUCCUCUGCCCGGCUGCAGUCCAGCUCUGGCGCUGCUUCAAUGGGCAGCCAGCAGCAGGAAGGGCCCCUGAGCGAGGAGAACCGCACCGACCUGCACCAUGGGGACCGGUCUCACCCGCACAAGGAGGCCCUGUCCAACCUGCACCAGGGGGACCACUCACCGAGUGAAGAUGACAGCCAUGGAACAGAUGAAGCGGGCAGUCCCACCGUUCUCCUGGACAAAAAGACCAAGAGGCGCUUUCUUGACCUGGGGGUAACGUUGAGACGGACGUACGGCAAGGUCAGGAAAGACCGGGCUAACAGAAUAGAGUCGACGGAGACGCGUCCAUCCCGCUCAUCUGCCCCCUCCCUCGUGCCGUUCUCCUGGUUCAGCGAGAGGAUGAGGAGCUCAGGGAAGUCCGGCACUCAGACCACCGCUAAGGCUGACUCAUCGCCCCAGGAAAAGGUGCGCAGGCCGCUCCGUAGGCAACCUGACUCAGGCAGGAAAACAGCGGUCCUCGGAGGAGUGAAUGUCGCAGCUCCGCGGUAA